GGAGAGCGAGAGACCGAACGCGGAGACGCGAGGAGGGAGGAGAGAGGGAGGGAGGCGGGGGGAGCGUGGAAUGAAAAGCGCGGAGGGUGGGGGGAAAGCAGCACAGCGAAGCCCAAGUUGCGGAGCGAUUGGAGCGCUUCCGCGAGCCGGAGCCCAGCGGCCGCCGCGCCCGGGAUCCCGGCCCGGCCCCGCCCGCUGGGGGCCCCCGCCGGCCGAGGCCGCCGGGCGGGGGCGGGGAAGAUCAACUUGGGGCGCGACGCAGCCCGGCGCUCGGGAGAGCACCGCGCCCGGGAGCGCCACCUCGGCGGCCAGACGGCGCGAGCCGAGCGCGGCUAGCGGAAGCCGCCAGCGGCGUCCGCGCUGCAGCCCCGGCCUCGGCGACAGCGCGAAUAUUAUUCAAACGUCUCAAACUUUCCUCUUUUCCCCGCUUUUCGGGGUCUCUUUUGGCUGGAAUUGCUCUCCUGAUUCCCGCGGGGCGCUCGGGCGCAAUUCCUCCCCGGGGUUUCUCGGUGGCUGGGUUAACUUCGCGGGCCCGGGGCCCCGUGGCUCUCACCCCUCGGCGGAGCUCAGCCCGCGCUGCUCUCCAGCUCAGGAGGGCUGCUUCGCCUCCGGGAGGGCGCCCAGCCCGUCUCCCUUGCACUCGCCGCAGGCCUGGAGACAGCGGAUUAACCAGAGAGGAGCUGGGGCCUCCCCGCACCCGCUCCCGCUCCGCUCCGAGGAGGGGCGUCCUCUGGGCCGGGAAACAAGUUUAUCAGUCGUCGGUGGCCUGUUGGAUUGAAGCACCACCGCCGACGCAGAGGGGUCCCUGGCGCCCAGUAUUCCGAGCGGAGAGCCCUGGGGUCUCAGGGCGGCUCCGCAGCCGGGUUCCUCGGGCCGGGGCGCUGGCUGCUGCGUCCGGCGCGCGGAGGCACCCAGGGCCGGGCCAGCGCCCCCUGCGUCCCCACACGGGCAGCGGCGCCGGAGGAGAAACCCGGGUCGCCGCCGCCGCCGCCGCCGCCGCCGCCACCACCUCCUCCUCCUCAGUCUGCGGGUCUCCGUCGCCGCUGCCGCCCACUCCGUCGCCUCUCGGGGAAGGGGGAAACGCAGGGGGCAUUGCGGGGCCCCGGCGGAUGCGCCCCCCGCCGCCUUUUGGGCUGCGCCGCCUCGCGGGGAUGAAGCACCGGCCGUGAAGAUGGAGGUGACCUGCCUUCUACUUCUGGCGCUCAUCCCCUUCCACUGCCGAGGACAAGGAGUCUACGCUCCAGCCCAGGCCCAGAUCGUGCACGCAGGCCAGGCGUGUGUGGUGAAAGAGGACAACAUCAGCGAGCGUGUCUACACCAUCCGGGAGGGCGACACCCUUGUGCUGCAGUGCCUUGUCACCGGGCACCCUCGGCCCCAGGUGCGGUGGACCAAGACAGCAGGCAGCGCAUCUGACAAGUUCCAGGAGACGUCGGUGUUCAACGAGACGCUGCGCAUCGAGCGCAUUGCACGCACGCAGGGCGGCCGCUACUACUGCAAGGCUGAGAAUGGUGUGGGCGUGCCCGCUAUCAAGUCCAUCCGCGUGGAUGUGCAGUACUUGGACGAGCCGGUGCUGACAGUGCACCAGACAGUGAGUGACGUUCGAGGCAACUUCUACCAAGAGAAGACGGUGUUCCUGCGCUGUACUGUCAACUCCAACCCGCCUGCUCGCUUCAUCUGGAAGCGGGGCUCUGACACCCUGUCCCACAGCCAGGACAAUGGAGUUGACAUCUACGAGCCCCUCUACACCCAGGGGGAGACCAAGGUCCUGAAACUGAAGAACCUUCGGCCCCAGGACUACGCCAGCUACACCUGCCAGGUGUCUGUACGCAACGUGUGUGGCAUCCCGGACAAGGCCAUCACCUUCCGGCUCACCAACACCACGGCACCACCAGCCCUGAAGCUGUCUGUGAACGAAACUCUGGUGGUAAACCCUGGGGAGAAUGUGACGGUGCAGUGUCUGCUGACAGGCGGUGAUCCCCUACCCCAGCUGCAGUGGUCCCAUGGGCCAGGGCCGCUUCCCCUGGGGGCUCUGGCCCAGAGUGGCACUCUCAGCAUCCCUUCAGUGCAGGCCCCGGACUCUGGCUACUACAACUGCACAGCCACCAACAAUGUGGGCAACCCCGCCAAGAAGACCGUCAACCUGCUGGUGCGAUCCAUGAAGAAUGCCACAUUCCAGAUCACCCCAGAUGUGAUCAAAGAGAGCGAGAAUAUACAGCUGGGCCAGGACCUGAAGCUGUCGUGCCAUGUGGAUGCAGUGCCCCAGGAGAAGGUGACCUACCAGUGGUUCAAGAACGGCAAGCCAGCACGCAUGUCCAAGAGGCUGCUGGUGACUCGAAACGACCCUGAGUUGCCUGCCGUCACGAGCAGCCUAGAGCUCAUUGAUCUGCACUUCAGCGAUUACGGCACCUACCUGUGUGUGGCUUCCUUCCCAGGGGCACCUGUGCCCGACCUGAGCGUCGAGGUCAACAUCUCCUCUGAGACAGUGCCGCCCACCAUCAGCGUGCCCAAGGGCAGGGCCGUGGUGACAGUGCGCGAGGGCUCGCCCGCCGAGCUGCAGUGCGAGGUGCGCGGCAAGCCGCGGCCGCCCGUGCUCUGGUCCCGCGUGGACAAGGAGGCUGCGCUGCUGCCCUCCGGGCUGCCCUUGGAGGAGACCCCGGAUGGGAAGCUGCGUCUGGAGCGCGUGAGCCGCGACAUGAGUGGGACCUAUCGCUGCCAGACGGCUCGCUAUAAUGGCUUCAAUGUGCGCCCCCGAGAGGCCCAGGUGCAGCUGAACGUGCAGUUCCCGCCGGAAGUGGAGCCCAGCUCCCAGGAUGUGCGCCAAGCUCUGGGCAGGCCUGUGCUCCUGCGCUGCUCGCUCCUCCGAGGCAGCCCGCAGCGUAUCGCCUCGGCCGUGUGGCGCUUCAAAGGGCAGCUGCUGCCUCCGCCGCCAUCCGUCCCCGUCGCCGCCGAGGCCCCCGACCACUCCGAGCUGCGCCUCGACGCCGUUACCCGCGACAGCAGCGGCAGCUACGAGUGCAGCGUCUCCAACGACGUGGGCUCGGCUGUCUGUCUCUUCCAGGUCUCGGCCAAAGCCUACAGCCCGGAGUUUUACUUCGACACCCCCAACCCCACCCGCAGCCACAAGCUGUCCAAGAACUACUCCUACGUGCUGCAGUGGACCCAGAGGGAGCCGGACGCUGUUGACCCUGUGCUCAACUACAGACUCAGUGUCCGCCAGCUGAAUCAGCACAAUGCCAUGGUGAAGGCCAUCCCAGUGCGGCGUGUGGAGAAGGGGCAGCUGCUGGAGUACAUUCUGACUGACCUCCGUGUGCCCCACAGCUACGAGGUCCGCCUCACGCCCUAUACCACGUUUGGGGCUGGUGAUAUGGCCUCCCGCAUCAUCCACUACACAGAGCCCAUCAAUUCUCCCAGUCUAUCAGACAACACCUGCCACUUUGAGGAUGAGAAGAUCUGUGGCUACACCCAGGACCUGACAGACAACUUUGACUGGACACGGCAGAACGCCCUCACCCAGAACCCCAAGCGUUCUCCCAACACCGGUCCCCCCACUGAUAUAAGUGGCACCCCUGAGGGCUACUACAUGUUUAUUGAGACAUCCAGGCCCCGGGAGCUGGGGGACCGUGCACGGUUGGUGAGUCCCCUGUACAACGCCAGCGCCAAGUUCUACUGCGUCUCCUUUUUCUAUCACAUGUAUGGGAAGCACAUCGGCUCCCUCAACCUCCUGGUGCGGUCCCGGAGCAAGGGGGCUCUGGAUACGCACGCCUGGUCCCUCAGUGGCAAUAAGGGCAACGUGUGGCAGCAGGCCCAUGUGCCCAUCAACCCCAGUGGGCCUUUCCAGAUUAUUUUCGAGGGGGUUCGAGGCUCAGGCUAUCUGGGGGAUAUCGCCAUAGACGAUGUCACACUGAAGAAGGGAGAAUGUCCUCGGAAGCAGAUGGAUCCCAAUAAAGUGGUGGUGAUGCCCGGCAGUGGAGCCCCCCGCCAGCCCCACCCGCAGCUCUGGGGGCCCAUGGCCAUCUUCCUCUUGGCGUGGCAGAGAUGAUGAGAGCUGCGUGGCCCCCACCCCGCCCCCGGCACACCAAAGUGUCUGCAUCUUACCAAAGACUGAGCCCCGCCAGCUGGGCGCCCGGGGCAGGGCCAGCCCACCAGGGAGGGGGCCUGCGUUGGCUGCGAGGAUGAGCAGUGAACAAGGACAGAGGCCUGGCGCUGAGGCCCUGCAGACGGUCGUUCCACACACGCACACACUCACACACCCACACUCACACACACACAGAUAUAUUAAAGCACAAGUUUCUAUCUUACCUGCCAGCACCUUCUUUACUGCAGAGACGGGACUCACUGGAAGGGUGUCUGCCUCCAGGGGCCUCGGUGCCAUGCCGGCCUCGUCCUGGCUGCAUCUGGGGGGUGUUUCUGCCCUUCCCCCAUCCCUAACUUAAGGCUGAGCUCCUGCCCACCCUGUGGCUUUACCAGAAGGGGAGCAGAAACGGGGGCCCUGCUCUUGGCCGGACUCUGGGACUCCUUGGGAUGGGGGAGGCCAGGGUCAGAAGGGGCCAAGCGGGACUUUGUAAGCAACUUUGUUCCCAAGGCCAUUCUGUUCCCAGGACAAGGGCUGAAAGGUGGAGACCGCAGGCCACCCAGAUCCCCUGACCUGUUCCUGGGAUGUCAUAUUUUCCCCUCACUGUGCCCCCUUUGAAGGGACCCAGCACGGGGUCUUGAGCCCUGAAGACUGACACCUGCACCUCCCACCCCCAUACCCCCUCCUGAAGCAGCUGGAUUCCUGAGAGCAUGGUCCCCACACUAACGGGCUGGCCUAAUCUCAGCCCCCAGCAGCCCCUCUGAGGAACCAGGGGAGUGUGUGGGGGCCAGGCCAUUUUCUGGAGUGAGGCUUGACUCUGAAAGGGGCAGAGAAGUCCUGCUUUCACAAUUUUGUGCUCCCGUAUAGAACACAACUCAGGAGUAGAGUGGAAACUCCAUUUCUUAUAUACUUGGCAUGAGGGGGUACCCUGGAUGAGAGGGUGUGUGUAGGGAGGCUGCCCCUGCCCUCCUCCAUUGCGAAGCACCUUCUAGUUGGCUGUUCCCUUCCCACCCAGGGUCAGUGAAGGAGGAGGGGUUCGCAGAGCUGGGGCUGGGGGGUGGGACAGUUGCUGGUCACCCUGUUCCCUGGGAGCUGAGCUCAUGACCCCAGCUGGGAAAGGGCGCCCUGUCCUUGGGUCCUGGGUCGGGAGCCGGAGAUGGGUAUGAUGGGAUCUAGACUUCUCAACAUCACCCCUGAGCCCCCACCCAGCCAUCCAUGAGAGAGGAGAGGCCCCUUCCAGGAUGAGUCUUCAUGCAUGUGUGCAUGUGGCUGCGUGUGUGUGUGUGUGGGGGGGGGCAUUUGUGUCUAUGUAGCACUGUGGGUACAUCUCUGGGCAGGAGUGUGCAACUAUGAGCCUGCGUGUGCAGUGAUACAUAUGUACCCCGUCUCUAUGCGUGCCUGUGUAUGUCAGCAUGCAUGUCCAUCUUCAUGAGUGACAGGAGAUGCUUGUGGGAUGCUGGCCGAAUAUGCCACUUCCAGCCCUAUUGUGUAGUCUCCAGCUGCCUUGCCCCCGCCUGAAUUUCUACCUUUCAUCCUCUAUGGAUGACAAAGAGCUAUACAGAUGACCCUAUUGGAAGGCAACAACCUUUGGAAAGGCGUGUCACAGGGUUUCUCCUGGCAUUCGGUGGAGACAGCUGCAGAGAAGAGACAGCACUGCAAUGCCAGGAGGCAGGCAGGGAACCAAAGCAAACGCUGCCCAUCUCACCGCUCUGCCAGGCCUGUGCUACCAUCAUCACGAACAGCUGGUGGGUGGCUGGGCCAAGGCUGGAGCAGGGCCUCCUGAUACCCAACCAACCCGGCUGCCUUCCUGGCCCAGCCAAGGCCGCUGUCCGAAAUGAAUAGCCACAGGUUCCCAGAAGAUGCUUCCAUCGCGCCUGCUGGGUAUUAUUCCUUAAUUGUCCCAUCUGUGCAGGGUCUGUUGCCCCAACUAGACUGUGAGCUCCUCCUAGCUUCCCAACCCUCUCCCACCCCUCCCAACCUCGUGCCUGGCACAAGUGGGCCUGUUCUGGAAUUCACUCAGCAGGCUUUGCCCAGGGGGAUGGGAUAUGUAAGUCUGCUCCCAGCCCUGGCUGCAGGAUAGAACCACCAGAGUCUUUGAGAAAGCACUGAUGCUUGGGUCCCACCCCCGAGGUUCUGAUUUAAUUGGACUGGCGUGCAGCCCGGCAUCAGAAAUGUUUCAGAGCUCCUCAGGAGAACUAAGAGUGGGAACCGUUGGCCUGUUUCCUGCCAGGUGCUUCCUCUGUGUUCUCUCUGGGGCGGGGCUGGAGACCCCGAGAUGAAUAGCUCUGAGAGCUCCCUCUUUGGGCUCCCUGGCACCCUUGGCCUACGUCCCUCAGAUGGCUUUUGAAUAUACCUGCCCCUGCGUUGGCUGCUCCAAUAUGGGGACCCUGUCUCCCCUGCUCACCUCCAUAUCCAUAGAGUCUGGUGCACAAAAACUGUUCGGCAUAUGUCACCUGAGCUGAAUUGCACAUGUGUGGCCCCUGAGUUUCUGGUCUGGAGAGAUGGGACCUGGUGACGUGGACAGAGAAUGCAAAGCAAGGGAGUGACAGAGCACGGCUGGAGGGAGGUUGCAAUGGGGCAGGGACAACCCCGACUUCAGGGUGGCUGGACCUGGGCUCACACAACGUGCCUGAGGGAGACGCUGCGGUCCCGGUCCUCGUGCGUGGACGGUGAGGUGGGCAUGUGUAUGUCUGUGCGCUGGCAGGACUGCAGGGGGUGUGGCUGUCGGUGUGUGCUAGCACUAACGUGUGAUAUGAGCGCUGACGGCGUGCCAGGCUGUGUGUGUGUGUGUGUGUGUGUGUGCCCGUGAGUCAGCACCUCUGUAUCAGUGUCACCUGUGCUGUGUGUGUCUUGUGUGCCCGUGGGUGUCAACGUCUGUGUGUUGGUACAUGGCCCAUGAAGACCCACAGCCCAGGGGAGACCAGGCUGGCUGGAUCCAGUGCAUCUCCCCAAUGGCGGUCUCAGCUCUGGGUCAAGGGGGCUGAGGCAUUUUGUGGCCUUAAAACUGAGAGUCCAGGGUCAGCUCUCAGGGUGUUAGGGUCCCUCCACCCCACCACAGGUUGGUGUCUGGAGGAGAAAGGGACACCUGGGGCCAGGCGCUGUUCAGGUAGGAGAGGGGGCAUCUCAGCGUGGCUCCUGUCGCUGGGGUACCAAGCUAAGCCUGCAACCUAAGGCCCCUCCUCCUGGGACCCUGCUCCCACCUUUGCCCUCUCUGGGACAGCCCUGACACCUCUUCCCCAUUCAUUCUCCUUUCUACCUGUGCUCUGUGAAAGCCCCUGGCUCAGGUUGUCCGUGCUGGGCUGGGCCUCAGGUCCAUGAUCCUCGUGGUGCACGUGAGGAAGGUAAAACCCAGUGCGGGGAAGGGACUGGCCCCAGUCACACAGCUAGUUAGGUGGAGCCAGCUUUGGAAUCCAGGUACUGAAGCUCUGGGUUUUCUGGCCACUGGCCACUGCGCCUGGGGUUUCUUGCCAGGUAGCUAUGAGGAGCUUAGUCAAACUGCCCACUCUGCAGCUGCUGGUACAGAUGUUACAGAUGUUACUGGGCCCUGCAUUGGGAGAUAUAAUGCUCUCUGCCCCAAAUUCUGGCCACAGCUCCUCCCACCCCAGGUCAGGUCUGGGUGCCACAUGGAGGCCACCUCCCUCUGCCCACACUGGCUAUAGCUGCUGCCCCUCCCCCAGGCUCUCAGAGAGAAGGGACUCUGUCCCCCCUCCCCUCUGUCUUCACACAAGUCUGGGCUGGGAAUGAAGCUCAGUGUGUGUUGGUGUCCUCAUCCUGUUGACGUCCCCUUAAGGACCAGGAGGGCCUGGGGAAACAGGGACAAAUCCUGGUGUUUUCUUCUCCCUGGACAGCUCAAGGGGGUUGGGAGGUAUUUCCAGGUCUGUCCCAGGAAUAGGAUGGGUGAACCUCCUUUGGAGAGUCCCUGUGGGGCCACUGGUUGAAGUUCUGGUUUCAGGGGAGCCCUUCUUGCUUUCAAAGGCAGGGUAGCACAACCCUCUCUAAGUCAGUGCUAUGUGUGUGUGUGUGUAUGUGUGUGUGUGUGUGUAUGUGCGCGUGCGUGCAUGCGCAGGCGCAUGUAUGUUUAUGAAGGUGUGUGCGCUGGGGCAGAAAGACUACUCUUCCUGGGUAUCCCGUGACCCUUAGAGCUGGAAGAGACCUUAGAGACCAUCUAAUCCAAUGCCCCCACUGUAUAGAUGGGAAAGCUGAGAUCCAGAGAGAUGGCACAUGCCCACCACCCCCCCCUCACGUCACCUGCAUUCCUUUCCCAGGAGCCCUACGAGAAACGCCCUCCUCCUGGUAUCCCCCAACCCCACACACCCCCAGCUGCUCACACUCACUAUCUUAGCCCAACUCUGCUGGCCCCUUACCCCAUUGGUCCCCAGCAUCCUUCCUGCCCCAGGGUGGCCAGCUCACCAAGGCCUUUAUCCCCAACCCAGGAGAAAGGGCAGGGGAAGCAGGGGGCUGCUCCAGCCCUGAGGCCUCAUGAACUUGGGAGAGAAGCUCCCCACCCAUGCCUGGCCCACCCACCACCAAGGUCAAAGCACAACAGGAGACCCUCACUAACGGGUGUAAGGUACUGGGGUUGUUUUAGUCACAUGACCCCGUCCUCAUCCGUUUGCCUUGCUGUCUGUCUCCACCUCAGCCUCUGUCCUCUCUUGUCUCUCUUUCACCCCCAAGACCCCAGAUGUAACCUCUAGUUGCGGACGCGGUUGUUUCAAUAAAGCUGCA